AUUCUUUGAUUUGUUUUCUCCCCUAUAUAUAUAUACACACACACACACAACAUAAAUAUUUCCUAAUAGAGCUUCUUCUCUAACACCCAACACAUCAUUUUCUUCCAAUCAAUCUAUCUAUCUUGUUGUUUAUCUUUAGAUCAUAUGGAAAACACAAUGAAUUCUUCAAGAAAAACAAUCUCUUAUAGUGAAAGAACAAGUGAUCAUGAGUCUCAAGAGGAGAGUGGGUGGACUAUGUACUUUGACGAUUUCUUUAACAACAGCAACAACAAUGAAGAGAGUUCUUUCUCUUUUGAAGAUCAUGAUUAUGGUACUAAAAGCUCUUCUCUAGUAUCCAAUGCGGCUUCUUCGGUCGCCAAGAGAUUUUCUUGUAAUGAGCAGGAAGAUGUUGUUGGGAUACAAAUAAUGGAGAAAAGAUCAUAUAAUCGAUCAUUGAGCUUCAAGAAGAGAAAAACUAAAGGUGGUUUGGUUGAUGAUGCUUUGGAAGAUACUGCUAGCUCUCCUGUUAAUAGUCCCAAGGUUUAUAGUAUGAUGAUGAACAAGCCGGAGAACCAGAAAGAGAAAGAUGAUAGCUUGCAGAGUUAUAAUGAUCAGGAGAAAGGAAGCAAUUCAAGGAAUAGUGAUGUUUCAUGCACAGAAUUGAAGAAAAGGGGUCUUUGUUUAGUUCCUUUGUCUAUGGUACUCAAUCAUCUUGGUUGAUCAAAUUUUAUCUUUCAUUUUUUUCUGUUGUCUCCCUAGCUAUAUAUAUAUAUAUAUAUACCUCUCUGUGUGAACCAAAACUGGUAGCCUUUCAUGAACAAAAUGAUGAUAUUAAUUGUUGCUCUAUUCAUGUAUGUAUGUAUGCAUACAUAAUGAGAUUAAGGCCCUUCAGCAUGAUCUAUAUCAAUCAAUGGAUCAUAUUUCAUGGAUA